CAAUAAUUGAAAAGUAACAGGUGUGUGAAGGAGUUAAUUGGACGUUGACUGUACUGUGUUUUGUCGGGAUGCCGGUUUUGCAUGUCUUUUCAUGAGUGGCCGGGCCGAGGACUGAGGCGAUCUUCCGAUCCUUUUCAUCGUCCUACGACAAUCCGCCCUUCUUCAAAAGCCGGCCGAGGAUGGACUUGAACAUCGACAAGAAAAUGAAUUACAGGGAGUUGCAGGCGAUCGCCAAGAAGCUGCAGCUACCCGGCAACUUGAAGCACCAUUUGCUUCUCGAGAUAAUUCAAGCUCGAAAAGAAGGGAAUGAAGACCUUGUUGCGAAGAUCCUUUCGGAGCAGAAACUUGAACGGGCAAAACGGAGGUCUGAGAAACUCGAAGGGAAAGAUGCCGGUUACAAGCACUUGAACAUAUUUCAAGAAAAGAAAAACAGCUUGGGCCGCAUGAAAAGGUCCUACCAUAAAAUGGAUUCUCAAGAGCAGAUCAACAAAAUGAAAAACCACUCCGUUCAAGACAGUUAUUUGCGUUCGCUUCUGGCAUUACCGCAUAAAUCUUUAAGAGAGCUCAUGAUAAAAACACAGCAAGAAAGCGUCCUCAGAAGUCAACAGAUGCGUGACACUGGUUUCUCUAGAGAUAAUUACCAACAAUUGGGUGCAAAUUCUAGCCAUUGUUCCACAAAUCAGCUAAUCGGCACUGAACCAUUUAACAAUCCAAUUGUGAUCAAUGAGUUUUCACCAAAAUCAAGGUAUGAGAAUAAGGCAAGCGUUUCUGAUGGAAAUAUGAGGAAUGAAAUUAUUGGGUACAAACAAUCAGAAUUCCCCAGAAUCCAAGAUACGCGGCCUUUUCAGACUAGGCCAGAACUUAAUGAGCAUAUUGCACCUGGAUAUCAAUUUAGAGCCACUCCCAACCACAACAUGGGCCAAAACAAUAUGCUGCCCAAACUGAACAUAUUCCCCCAAGUCGGACAGUCGGAAUAUUCUUAUGUGCCUCCAUCAAAUCAGAUUGACUAUCUGCCGAUGCAGCACUGUCAGGAUGGCUCUUUUAUGAACUGUGAUUAUUGGAAGCGAAUUCCUGAAAGGGGGAACUUUCAGACGGCGCCGACCCCAAACACAAACUAUCUAAUCGAGCAGCCGAUUGUAUGUUCGCCCAAUUCUGACACGUUAAGCGCAACGGAGACAGAAUUGGAACAAAUGGUGUGCUAUAACCAAAAUGAAGUUCAGCCUGAUUUCAGAAAUUGUACACAACUUUAUUACCCUCCGGUGUAUAACUAUGUAGUAAAUGGCAAUCAGCAAGGGAACAAUCUUCAGACACAAGACAAUCAAAUCGUUUUUGAGAGCGAAGUACAAGACUACUCAUUUGCUUUACAGCCGAUACAGCAAACUACAGACCCUCUCUAUUCACCCGCAGUCGAAGGGCCAUCGGACAACAAGGAUGUCAUUAUAGAGCAAUUGUAUGAGGGACUGGUUUCAGAGGAAAAGGAACUGGAGUUGGCACAAGAAAUUGAAAUAACGACCGACAAGAAUGAUAAUAAGACAACUGAAGAAUUGAUUUUUAUUAAUUGUUUUAAAUAGAUUUUAAUUUAAUUUUCAAUUAUUGUGAACCUAAUUAUAACAUGUUAGGUUAGAGUAGGAUAUAAUUUAAUUUUGUUUGUUUUUAUUAUUUUUGGAUAUAGUUUUAUUUAUCGGCGACAGCAAUUUCAAAAAGUGCCUUUUAUUUAUUUUUAUCUAGUUUUAGUACAUUAAUCUUGUUAUGGAUCUCCAUAAAAAUAAAUUAGAUGUAACCAUCUAUAAUAUGUUUUAAUGGAAGUUCUAAACUAGUCUUGUCUGUAAUGAUAAUAGUGAAGCACUGUUAUCAAAAGUUUAAAAACUAUGUAUGAUUUCGUUACUUUCAUUGCACAAGAUUAUUGUUUAUUAAAUAUAUUUUUGUUUUCAA